AUGUCUGAAAACAAAGUCGCCUCUAAAGCUCCAGCUGAAAAAAAGCCAGCUGCUAAGAAGACUUCUACUUCCACUGACGUUAAGAAGAAGUCUAAAGUUAGAAAAGAAACAUAUUCUUCUUACAUUUACAAAGUUUUAAAGCAGACUCAUCCAGACACUGGUAUCUCUCAGAAGUCUAUGUCUAUUUUAAACUCUUUUGUUAAUGAUAUCUUUGAAAGAAUUGCUACCGAGGCAUCUAAGUUAGCCGCUUAUAACAAAAAGUCUACUAUUUCUGCUAGAGAAAUCCAAACUGCUGUUAGAUUAAUAUUACCAGGUGAAUUGGCUAAACACGCUGUUUCUGAAGGUACUAGAGCUGUAACCAAAUACUCUUCCUCUACCCAGGCCUGA